GGAUGCUGGGGUUAGGGGGAGGACCUGGGCGCAAGGGAGGAGUCCAAGCUCCCAAACCUCUCCUCUAUCCUCCUUUUACAGGUAGGGGGUCUUCAGUGAACUGAAGGGAAUGCUCCUUGGGGAAUAAAUAACCUUUCUGCUUUGUUUCCCCCAUCCCCAGCUAGGCAGCCACAGGAGGAGGGGAGGCUCCGACCUGGGCUUGGCUACAAGUCAGGAAGGCAAAGAUCGCCGAACCAGGCGUCACGGAGCGCUCAGGACCAGGUGACACAAUCGUGAGUGCCCGGCGCUGGCUUGACAGCUUCAUCCCCGCCCACUGGCAGGGGAGCGCCUCCGGCCGCACGCGCGCGCGCAGGGUCCUUAAAAGCCGCUGCAGCGCGGAGACGCCGAGUUUGCCCACCGCGCGCACGCAGCAACAUGCACGUGAACGGCAAAGUGGCGCUGGUGACCGGCGCGGCGCAGGGCAUCGGCCGAGCCUCUGCGGAGGCGCUGCUGCUCAAGGGCGCCAAGGUAGCGCUUGUCGACUGGAAUUUUGAAGCAGGUGUAAAGUGUAAAGCUGCCCUGGAUGAGCAGUUUGAACCUCAGAAGACUCUUUUCAUCCAGUGCGAUGUGGCGGACCAGGCACAACUUAGAGAUACAUUUAGGAAAGUUGUAGAUCACUUUGGAAGACUGGACAUUUUGGUCAAUAAUGCUGGAGUGAAUAAUGAGAAAAAUUGGGAAAAAACGCUGCAGAUUAACUUGGUUUCUGUAAUCAGUGGAACGUACCUGGGUUUGGAUUACAUGAGUAAGCAAAAUGGAGGUGAAGGAGGCAUCAUUAUCAACAUGUCCUCUUUAGCAGGUAAGGACAGUUAACAUGUCAAUAAUGAUUUCUUAUUGGUAAUUUGGAACAUAAGAGAAACUCCUCAAAAAUGCAGUGAUUAUCAACUCAGGUUUGAAAUGGAGACUUGGUUUAAUUUUUUUCGACUCAUUCUAUGCAGUUUUCCUUUGCAUAACAUAACAAGUUUGAACUACAGUUUUACUUCUGGUAUUUUAAAUUGUGACUCUUUAAGCUUUCUUACUGCAGUACUAGUUUUUAAAGCACGUGUAUGCAUUUUCCCUGUGUUUCUCUUUGUCAGAGGUUAUUGUGAGAUUCCUAAGCAGUAAAGCAUCUUUGACAAACUAAAAAGUUCUAAAAUGAAGUUGAGUCAUCUCUACUCUCCUGUGUAAUUUUAGGAAGAGUGUGUAAUUUUAAAACAGAGCAUAUUGAGUGUGUUGGGAUAUGCUGUAGGAAGCCAAACUGUAUCUCUACUUUCUCAGCGUCUCUGGCCCAGCCUGAAAAUUAAAUAGUCAUAAGAUUGAUUCACUGGAGCCCAGCAUACAGGUAUCUGCAUGUCCAUGAGAGUCCCCAUAGCAAAAUGAGACCCAGAGAAAUGGCAAGGCCUCAGUGUGUGCAAACUAGGUUGAACAAAAGCAAGAGACCUUGUGGGAAAGUCACUGAAAAUGCAGGGAGACUAAAGGAAGGUAAAGAGUGACUCUUACAAGGUCUGAACAGAUUUUGCUUGGCCCGGAUUCCCAUCUCUGGUGAUAAGAAUGUCUCUCUCCUCCUGGUGUGGGGACAGCAUCUUUUAUAUGGGAGUUUUGCAUCCUGCUUUCAGGAAGAAACAGGGAGAUCAGACUGUUCUUCUUGCACCUGCUGUUUUACAAGUGCCUUUCGCUCAAAGUGGCUCUCAUGCCCAGGCUAGCAAAAGCUCUUCAAUCUGGAGCUUCCAAGUUUCCUUUCUCUCCACAAGAAAGAGCAAGAGAACACUGGGGUGGGGGAGGUAUAACUUCUCUCCUAAGUGUCAGCAUAACAGCAAACCUCAUUCAGCUCACCUUCCUAUGGGCUUUGACCUCAAGCCUCACCUAAUGACAGGGGGAUUCUGGGAAAUGCAGUCUAGCUGGGUGCCUAAGGAUGGAUUUCAGCGGAGAGCUGAAGAUCCUUGCUGAGACAUGCAAUUCAAACCGUGCUGGAUUCAGGGCAGCGUGGUUUAUGAUCAUCUGGUAUCAUAUUACUCAGUAAGUAGUAGCUCUAAACCCUUGGCAGGAACUUAUGAAGCAGAAGACUUUACUUUGAAAAUUCUAGGGAAAAAAAAUUAUUAAUGGUUCUCGAGUAGCUGGAGUGAAAUCAUGAAGCUUUAGAUGCCUGAGCAAUACUGACAGCAAGUCUAAAGUCAAAACAGCGUGAGGCUUUCUUCAGUUAUCUGGUUGGUUUCAGUUACUGUGAAAACAGCAGAAUAGGUGUCACCUCCUCCCCCUGCCCCACACCCACCCUCCAGCUCUAGCAGCAAUGGGGGGGGGGGGUCUGUUGGAAGAUACCUGUGACCACAUUAGUGUCUGAGGCUCAGCAUUUUUUCUCAUCUUUCUGUGAAUCCUUAAGCCACUGUGAUCCUAGCACAGAUGGAAAUUUGGACAGCUCCCUCUUGAGGAGUUUUCAAAAAUAUACUAGCAUCUCAUUUUUCUGGGUUGCUUCGAGACAAAAUGUCAUGCCUAGAGUUAUUAUAGACCUGUCUCUAUAGAUUGUUCAGGGGUGUCUGGUAAUCUUUCUAACAUGACAUCUACUUAUAAAUGAUAGCAUUGCAAGUGUAAGAGUGCAUUAAAAAGUGGUAGCAUAGGCAAUAAUAAAAAGAGAUAUUUGGCCCCAGAGAGGGCCAAAGUUUAGAUUCUGGGAGGCUGAAAGCCUAAAGACACAGUGUCAAGGCAAAAUCUACACUAUUUUGAAAUGAAAUCCUAAGAAAAAUAUAGAAAUGAUGAGGGAAUUAAGAAAUAUGUAAUAGUUUAUUAAGCAUACAAAUGUGAAAAAGAGACUGUGGUGAUCAAAAGAUAGUUUCGUGAAUUCUCUCUGAAAUUGAAGAGGGCUGGUAAGACUUGAAGAACCAUGAACAUUGUACAAGGAUCCCCUUGACCUUAUAUCAGUAGAAGCACUGAUUUCAAUCUCAGGAAGGCUAGAUGGCUUCCAGACUCCCUGGGAGAGAUACUAUACCAAAAGAGGCUUACUUGCCCCAAAGAGCAUGAAAAGAGAAAUACAAUGUAGUACUGCCUUUUAUCCAAUAAAAAUACUUAAAUAUGUAGUAACAAUUAACAUUCAUUGAGCUCAUGAUGUUUAGGAGUUCAUGAUGCUGUUUUAAACACCCAGUCUGCGAUAUCUCACUUACUAUGCUCAACCACCCUGGGAAGUAGAUUAUGUCAUCUCUAACUUGCAGAUAAGGGGACCAAGCCAGGAGAGCUUAAGUAUCUUGGCUGAGCUUACACAGCAAGGGAGCAGUGAUGCUAGAAUUCUCAUGCCAGCAGCCUAAGAUGAGAUCCCCUAUGUCUUAGGGGAUUGUAUCUCUCUCUUCUAUGGGUUCGUUUGCCAGUCUGCUUUGUCUGUCUCUCGUUCUGUGUCUAGUCAGCCUAACUGUAAAGAGGAACUGAAUUCCUGUAGCUUGAUGAAGCCAGCACGAUUUGCUAGUAUCUUCAGGCCUGCCAGGCACCACUUUAAUCUCAGGACUACUUACUAGACGUACUAAACCUUAAGCCUUUGCCUCAUUUGACACACACAGAGUAAAGCCCUGGAAACCUUUGGGGAACUUACCAACAUCGCAAGUCAAAACAUGCCAUGGACAAGAGCAAUUUAGGGUUGACAGUUAGACGUCCACUGGGACUUUCUUGGCUAAGAGCUUUCUUGGUCACAUGGCCCAGCCCUGGAUGUGAAUUUUCUUCUCCCCUAUCUCAGAGACCAUAACAGGAAGGCUGUGUGGCUCUUUCUCUAAUGGUGCCGCUAAAACAAUGAAUGGAUGUAAAUGAAUGGGUAUAAAUUCCUCCUGACAGAGCGUGACGCCAUUGAUAAUAGUUCAGUCGUUUGUCUCUGUCCAUUAUACUCGAUUUGACUUCAUAACGCCCGUCUUCCCUACCUGUGACAUCAACACCGUUUCCUUGUGGCCACUGGCCCAUCUGAACAGACCCUGCUCUCCUCUUUCCACCCCGGGCUUUGACACUGAGGUGCCCUCAUCUCAGAAAAAAAAAGUAUUAAAACAUCUUGUCUUGUAUUUUAUCCAUGCACCAAGGGCUUCUAUCCUUCCCAUGAUGAAAUCAGUUUGAAAAACAUUUGGGGAUUUUGUAAUAGUGGAAGAUAAAUGCGGACAUCUCAAACCUUCGCACUUUGCUCUGAAAUACUGUCGGCAGUUUUAUACCCUUGAAGUCACAGCAUGUUGGCAGAGGUCAGAGGACCAAAAAUGUCUGUGCGGAGUUACCAGAGGAAGUCAUUGCUUUCUUUCUUAAUUAAAAAAAUUCCUCAGCUUAUAUGAAGUAUAAUGGACAAGUAAAAUCGUAGCUGAAGUAUUCCUAGUGCUUGCUUCUUCUGUGUUUUCCAAAGGUUCCUUGCUCACAGAUGUUUCCUCUUUUCUCCCUCUGUUGGAGGAAUAGUGGGUAAUAUUCAACCCAGCCAGAGUCCAUCCUCAUGAUCUUUUGCACGGAUUGCGUGGAAUCAUUUACUGUCAUAGUAAAACCUUAAGUUGACACACUGGUUUGGGCAGAGAAGUUAAUGAGUAAUGACCACUGACGCAGACCGAGUAUCAGAUGCAAUUAAUAAGGUUCACAAAUAGAAAGGAGUUAAAGUGGAGAGUGAUUCCUAAGUGUGUGGAGGGCAGGUAUGCUCUGGUCUGGAGCCCUCUUAACCACACAGACUCUUCUGUACGAGUUUUUGUCUUUAAACAUCAUAUGCAAAUCUGCACUCAUGUUGCUGAACCCAUCCUUAACUACUGAAAAACAGAAAGUUGAACUACAGGGAGGAGUGAGGUCUGAUUUAAUGCAGAUAAUCAAACAGCUGUGUUCCCGUAAGACAUCCCACAGGAAUCAAGGAUGCCUCUUUUUUUUUUUUUUUUUUUUUUUAAGGGCCGCGUGCAUGGCAUAUGGAGGUUGCCAGGCUAGGGGUCUAAUCGGAGCUACAGCUGCUGGCCUAGCCACAGCCACAGCAAUGCAGCAUCCGAGCUGCACCUGCAACCUACACCACAGCUCAUGGCAACGCCGGAUCCUUAACUCGCUGAGCGAGGCCAGGGAUCAAACCUGAAACCUCAGGGUUCCUAGGUGGAUUCGUUUCCACUGCACCACAACGGGAACUCCAAGGAUGAUUUUUAUAUAGUUAGUUACUUCAAAUGGCUGGCAAGGAAGGGCAAUUGUCAUAGGAAAAGGAGUCUGCUCACCAGCCCUGCUCCCACCUGCUGGACUUGUGAGGUCUUGGUGUUGGGGGGUGGGGGGGAGUGGGGGGGGCAUUCUCUGUGCCUCAGAAAUAAGUGGCAUUGUGUGAGUGACAUCAGGGAGGUCUGAAUUGAAAACAUUAGCAUAUCAAGAAAAUACUUGAAAAUCCUAAUAGUUUUUAAUGUGUUUCAAAUACCACCCAGGGACACACUCACUUGAGCUCUAAGUUGCAUGUAGAACAGUGUAACUGGCCUGCUGUUUGCAUCACAGUGGAAGGGCUCAAGUUACCACGUUUUAAGUAACACAUUCAAAUUAACCAAACAAGUUGAACGUUUCCAGAAGGGAAAUGGGGCUAUGAAAGUAACUGGCAGGGUUUCCACCCCAAGAGCUACAUAUGUCAGUGUCUGUUGUCAUAUGGCAGAACUGAAUAGUUGGCAUAGCGUAGACUAAGCAGAGACAUGAUGCGAAGUGCAAGGGACUCACGCUGCCUGAAGAGCAGCACAACAGACCAGAAAUUUCAGGUGAUGCCCUUCCUUCAUCUCCAAGCCAAAAAAAAAAAAAAAA